AUGUCUUUGGAACAAACAGCUUGUGAUGACUUGAAGGCUUUUGAACGUCGAUUAACAGAAGUUAUAGCAUGCCUUCAACCAGCUACCAUGAGAUGGAGAAUACUUUUGGCAGUGGUUUCUGUUUGCACAGCCAUAGCAGCAUGGCACUGGUUGACAGAUCCUCUCACUCCAGUGGUAUCACUCACGCAGUCUCUCUGGAACCACCCAUUCUUUGCUUUUACCUCAACAUUCUUAGUUUUGUUAUUCAUGAUGGGAGUGCAUCGUAAAGUGAUAGCACCAAGUAUAAUAACAGCUCGCACACGCUCUGUGCUAAAUGACUUCAACAUGUCCUGUGACGAAACUGGAAAGUUAAUAUUAAAGCCAAGACCAGCAAACACA